AUGGCCUCAAUCGCACGUCCGCUCAGGCAGGUCGCCUGCCGGGCCGGCCCGACCUCGCUGGCGCAGCGCACCCUCGCCAACAACAUCCCCAGGAUAGCUGCCUUCCACGCCUCAAGCAGGAGAAACCUGCUGCCCCCGCUGCCUCAAAAAAUCCAGGGAACCGUCAACGACCCUGCCCCCGUCCCGCCCCCGUCCCCUAGCCACGGCCACUACCACUGGACCUUUGAGCGCAUCCUGGCCGCCGGCCUGGUGCCGCUGACGGUUGCGCCCUUCGCCGCCGGCUCCUACAACCCCGUCAUGGACGCCAUCCUCUGCAGCACGCUGCUGCUGCACUCACACCUCGGCCUCCAGAACAUCAUCACCGACUAUCUGCCCCAGCGCCGUGUGCCCAAGUCCCGCAAGGCCGCCAUGUGGCUGCUCAACAUCGCCACCGCCAUCGUCGGUGUCGGUCUGUACGAGUUUGAGACCAACGACGUCGGCUUGACCGAGGGUGUCAGGAGGAUCUGGACGGCGUGA